CCACUGCCGCUGGCUGUCUGUGUUGCUGCAACCAUGAAGGUCACCUCCGGUCCAGCCUUUGCUCUCUGUAGCCUGCUGCUGCUGCAGGUCCCUGAUAGCCUCGGUCUUGCCCCACAGUCCAGAGGGCACCUCUGCCGGACACGACCCACGGACCUGGUGUUUGUUGUUGAUAGUUCUCGAAGUGUGAGACCCGUGGAGUUUGAGAAGGUGAAGGUGUUCCUGUCUCAGGUCAUUGAGUCAUUGGAUGUGGGGCCCAAUGCCACGAGGGUGGGCUUGGUCAACUACGCUAGCACUGUGAAGCCAGAGUUCUCACUUCGGGCCCACGGCUCCAAGGCGUCGCUGCUGCAAGCUGUGCGUCGCAUCCAGCCGCUGUCCACAGGCACCAUGACUGGCCUGGCCCUGCAGUUCGCCAUCACCAAGGCCUUGAGUGAUGCUGAGGGGGGACGCGCCAGAUCCCCUGACAUCAGCAAGGUUGUCAUCGUGGUGACUGAUGGGAGGCCUCAGGACAGCGUGCGGGAUGUGUCUGAGCGCGCGAGGGCCAGUGGCAUCGAGCUGUUCGCCAUCGGCGUGGGCCGUGUGGACAAGGCUACGCUGCGACAGAUCGCUAGUGAGCCGCAGGAUGAGCACGUGGAUUACGUGGAGAGCUACAAUGUCAUCGAGAAGCUGGCCAAGAAGUUCCAAGAGGCCUUCUGCGUGGUGUCAGACCUGUGUGCCACAGGGGACCAUGAUUGUGAGCAGGUGUGCAUCAGCUCUCCUGGAUCCUACACCUGUGCCUGCCAUGAGGGCUUCACCCUGAACAGCGAUGGCAAGACUUGUAAUGUCUGCCGUGGUGGUGGAAGCGGCUCAGCCACCGACCUGGUCUUCCUAAUUGAUGGAUCCAAGAGUGUGCGGCCGGAGAACUUUGAGCUGGUGAAGAAGUUUAUCAACCAGAUUGUGGACACACUAGAUGUGUCCGACAGGCUGGCCCAGGUUGGGCUGGUACAGUACUCAAGCUCCAUACGCCAGGAGUUCCCGCUCGGCCGCUUCCACACCAAGAAGGACAUAAAGACCGCUGUGAGGAACAUGUCCUACAUGGAGAAGGGCACCAUGACCGGCGCCGCUCUGAAGUACCUCAUAGACAAUUCCUUCACUGUGUCCAGCGGGGCGAGGCCUGGAGCCCAGAAGGUGGGCAUCGUCUUCACCGAUGGCCGGAGCCAGGACUACAUUAAUGACGCUGCCAGGAAGGCCAAGGACCUUGGCUUUAAGAUGUUUGCGGUGGGCGUGGGCAAUGCUGUGGAGGAUGAGCUGAGGGAAAUUGCCUCGGAGCCAGUGGCUGACCACUACUUUUACACGGCUGACUUCAAGACCAUCAACCAGAUUGGCAAGAAGUUGCAGAAAAAAAUCUGUGUGGAGGAAGACCCUUGUGCUUGUGAGUCCAUAGUGAGAUUUGAGGCCAAGGUGGAGGGUCUGUUGCAGGCCCUGACCAGGAAGCUGGAAGCUGUAAGCAAGCGGCUGGCCGUCCUGGAGAACAGAAUCGUCUAAGGACUCUCGUGGCCUGGCCACCUCCUACCCAGUGCACGGCUCGCAGAGUCCUGGGAAUGUCCCCCUGUAGCUGGAGUUAGUCUGGCUUUGCUGCUUUAGCAAGGGAGCCCUCCCCCACUGUCCUGGGGCUGGGAGCAGGAGGGGACGCGUGCUUGUGCCUGCUGAGAGUGUCUGGUGAUGAUGGCUGUGAGCUUGUGUGUGCUUGAUUGUGUUCAUGUAUGUUUGGGAGCAGGGGUGUGUGCACAGGUGGAAACGCAGAGAAGGGGUGUGUGAGCCGACUGCAUGCAUUAUUUUUCCAACCGAAAGCUUAAUAUAUUCCUGGUUUUUUUUCCUCCAGUUAAUUCUUUACCCAGUCAAUUCUUGACCCCGAGUAAUUUUUUUUUGUUGUUGUUGUUUUGGUGUUUUGUUCCUUGAGGAAAAAAAAAAACUAUUAAAUGCGACUCAUUGUACA